AUGUUGAAUGGAUUGGUGGACUACUUUUUGUGCACUGGCUCUUCACAUUGCCUGGAAAUCAUAGGUGGUGUGCGAGAACCACAUGACAAGCACCUUUUUGAUAAGCUGAGUGACUGCCUACGGCAUGCUUCCCUGCGUUCAGAAGCCUUGUCACUGUUGAGCCAUGUUGUGCGACGACAACCCUCAUGGCUUUACAAAAUAUCUCAGCAUUCCCUCCUCAAGGACCUUCUGAAGCUUCUCAAGGUUGAAAGUGAUGCUGUUGUUCUGCUGAGUGCACUUCUUAUUUUGGUCUCAAUUCUCCCUGUAAUUCCAUCCUACAUAACUCCAUACCUCAAUGACAUCUUUGACAUUUUCAGUCGAGUGGCAGCCAUGGUGAAUGAGCAGCGAACUGUCAGUCCUGAAACCCACCCCCAUCUCCAUGUGGCAUUAUAUGCCUUUUUCCAACGCUUAUAUGGGAUGUACCCGUGCAAUUUCCUAUCAUACUUGCGGCAACACUACAGUCAUCGCCAAAGCCUUGUUGUGUUCACUCAUAUCGUCAAGCCUAUGUUGGACAGAGUCCGUCUACACCCACUACUAGUCACUGCAUCAAAAGAAGCUGAAGCUGGCCUAACCCGGUGGAAACACAUGGAAACCCAUGACAUAGUUGUUGAAUGCGCUCGGAUAUCUUUGGAUGCUGGUGAAGCUGAUCACCCUUCUCAUCAGCUGAGUUUCCUGUCCCAGCUUCCAUCAUCAUCCUCAUCAAUUCGUUGUAGAGUAAGCCUCUCUCUUCUAGAUGACUCUGGCAGCAUCAGAAGUUCUCACUCUUCUCUUGUGAGAGGGGUGGGACCAGCACCGGGUUCAAGCUUAUGGACACCUUCUUCAGGGAUGCUCAACACUCCUCCUCCUUACUUGUUGGGUUCAUCAGAAGCUCAUGAAGCUUUGAAUAGGAGGAAUUCCCUCUCAGUGCCACACACUCCUUUACCAGAGGUCCAAGGUGGCAUAAGUUUGAGCUCAGUACUGAGUGCUCCAGCUACUCCUGGUGACUUUGAUUCACCACCUGAAGCAGCAAUAGAGGCAACACCUGAAAACACACCACUAUCCACCCCAAAUAGAGAACUGGAACGUAGUGGAAGCAUAGGAACAAAGUCCAAAGGUAUCAGUUCAGCUGCACGGAAUCUUCAGUUCUCUCUAAACUCUGGGAGAACUGAGAGCUGGCAGGCUAGUGCAGUAGAGAAAAGGCUAAUGAAGCUUGCUCACGAGAGACAGGAAUCUUUUGGUUCCCGUUCAAUCUCAUAUGAGGGAUCAGAGAGGAGAAAGACUGACAGCAUAGACAAUUCAGAGGCUCUGGAAUAUCUUCCACUUCCUUCAUCAGAGCAGGGCAAGUACCUUGUAUAUUAUGUAGCCUUAAGCCAAAUAUUUGCUUAUCGAGUUCUGAGUCCAGUGAAAUUCACUGCAAGUGCUGCAAGUGGCAGUGACAAAGUUGCUCGUCCAGUGCCAACACCAGCAACUGCUAGGAGCCUCACAUGGACUAAUAUGAACGAGGCUAUCUUUCUAAAGGGCAUUCCAGAUACCUCUGAGGAAGAUGCAGAGGUUUGUCACAUCAUUGGAAACCAGCCUCAGCAAAAGGUUGAGAAGGCUGCAAGUCAAGAGCACCACCAGUCUGAACAAUUGCAAGCUUCUGCAACAACUUGCAGUGAAGUACAACGGCGAGGAGAAGCGGUAACUGUGAACCGAUGUGAUAGUGUAAUCCAUGACAAGACUGGUGGUGGAGAGAUUGAAGCAGGAGAUGGGAUGGAUGGGAAUGGAUCCCCAGAACCCCUUCAUGGUCCUCCUUUAGCUUUAGUUGACCUCAUGAAGAGAAUCCACAGACUCCGUUGUCACUCUCAUUGUGUGCCAUCUGCUGGUGAAGAGGAAGAUAGUGUGCAUAUUGCACGUAAACAUUCUCAAGAAAAUACAGGAGAACGUGGUGGCCGAUGUCGUGCAUUGUCCAACCCAGACACACUGUUUGAAAAGAAGCAAGUAAAUGUAGAAAAAGCUUAUUUUCUUUCCCUCUUGCAGCAGAAAAGUGAAUCCAAGAAGACAGUCCGCCACUCCUCAGGAACUCAAACAGUGGAAAAUCAGGGUGGCAUGGCAUAUGACCAUCUAUUUCCCUUGGCAUUACCCCCAUUACACUGUCCACGUUGCAUUGACAGGGAUUCUGUCAUGCCAAAUAUUUCAGAAUUGCUGGACAAUUACCUCCGUUCUGCUGUUGAAGCAAAUUCAAGCUUAACUCAAAAGUCAUCAAGCAAGACUGCAGCUGAGGAAGCUAAAACCUUGAGGGAAACUAUACAGCUCUUACAUAUUCAACUUCAGUUUGAGAAGCACAAGAGAGAGCUGUAUGCAGAGCGUGCUAGACGUCUUCAGGGAAAGGCAAAGGAAAAGCAUCUCCUGACAGAGCAAAAUGCAGCUCUUCAAGAUCAGUUGGCUGCAAGUGAGCGGACCAUCCAGCAACUGAAGGUCGAAUUGGAGCAACUGCGACAGCAAAAGCAUCAGCUGCAGAGAGCAGAGCAUGAUCUCCAAGUCAAUAAUGCCCUCAAUUUACAAGGCAUACUUGGAGAACUACAGAGAAAGAAGGAAGAAUUGAAUACUUGUGAACAUAUGAUUCAUGCAAAAGAUGAAGCACUAUCUCAGCAGGAGAAGGAUCUGCAGAAAUGUAAAGCAGAAUUAUGGAAAGCACAAAGAGACCUGAAGAACAUGGCCAGUGUGGCAGAGAAGUGUCAGAAACUUGAAAAGACCUGUGAAGAGAUGGAGACUCGGCUGCUGUUCCAGGGAGAGUGGGAGCUGGUGCUCCAAGAUCAGAUUGAUGCCUUAGGACAGAUAUUGCAAUCCCAGGACAGUCGUAAUCAUGUUUCCAAGAAUGUGCGCAAGGAUGCUGCAUCUCAGGAGGUGAUAGGUAUGUGGAUACUGGUCAUGAUGCUGAAGCAGCUCCUUGAUGCAGAAAUGACCAAUCAUGCUGCUACAAAAAAUAGAUUGACAGAACUGGAGAAUUCACUGGUGCAGAAAGAUAUCACUGUUGCCAAUCAGAAGCGUCUCUUCAAGAAUGUGAAGGAGGAAUCCAAUGUCAAAAUCCAGGCAUUGGAAGAGAAGUAUAGAAGCAUGUGUGCCAUCAACCAGACUCUUGAGUCUCAGCUCUUGCAAGUCAUGCAUCGACUGGAUACCACUCAUCGUUCUCUGAAACAGAGCUUCCGUAACAAGAAGACACCAAGUUCUGACAGCAUCGACACAACAAGUCAUGUGAGCAGUGAGAAUGGAGAUCUUGGGAUCCGCAUCCCAGGUGCUCCUUCAUCAGUCUCCCCUCCAACAUGCUCAAGUCUUCCCCUUUCUCCUGCCCCUUCCCCUUCUGUUCAAAGCCCCACAUUCACUGUCACUGGCUUGGUGCAAAGGACUGUCCCCAUUUUCAGUAAUACACCUCCCUUUGAGGAUCUGGAAGCCAUUGCCAGUAAGGAGAGUUUAUAG